AUGGCGGCGGCGGCGGCGCCCCUGCCGGCGGCCGUCGCAGACUGGUGGGAGCGCGUGAACGGCUCGCCGGCGUGGCAGGACGGGAUCUUCUACGCCCUCGCCGUCCUCUACGGCGUCAUCGCCGCCGCCUCAUUCUUCCAAGUUGCCAGGAUACAGCGCAGAGUUCCUGAAUAUGGAUGGACAACCCAAAAGGUCUUCCAGUUCCUGAAUUUCGUGGUCAAUGGGGCCAGGUGCUCUAUCUUUGCUUUCCGUCGCCAAGUGCAACAAGUGAACCCUCCGAUAUUUCAGCAUGUUAUUCUUGACCUUCCUGGGCUUGCAUUCUUCACUACCUAUGCAUUGUUAGCACUUUUCUGGGCUGAGAUACUUUACCAAGCACGUGGACUAAUGACUGAUCGACUUCGAUCUGGUUUCUACAUCAUUAAUUAUGUCGUUUAUGCAUUGCAGGGUUUUCUGUGGCUGUGUCUGUGGUGGAAUCCAAAUCACACUAUGCUAGUCAUUUCUAAGUUAUUCAUUGCAGGACUUUCCUUUUUCACUGCCUUGGGUUUUCUGCUCUAUGGAGGAAGGCUUUUCAUCAUGCUGAAAUAUUUUCCUAUUGAGUCAAAAGGGAGGCAACAAAAGCUGAGAGAGGUCGGCAGAGUUGCCAGCAUAUGUUUCUGCUGUUUCUUGGCACGAUGCAUAAUGAUGUGUUUCAAUGCAUUUAACAAAGAAGCUGACCUCGAUGUUCUUGACCAUCCAAUUCUGAAUUUCUUCUAUUACCUGCUUGUCGAAAUUCUCCCUUCAUCUCUUGUCUUGUACAUUCUGAGGAGGAUUCCUGCAAAACUACGGCUAUCUCAGUAUCACCCCCUCAGCAGCGGCUAG